AAUCUCUCAAAAAUCUGAAAUGGCCAUCAAAAUAGGACCUCUCAACAAAUGAAUAGAUGAUCUGUUAUUAAUAUUUUUUAUUAAAUUUAAAAUUAAAUUACUAAACCACACUUAUUCUGUUGUAUUAUAAGAUAUUAUUACAUAGCCAACAAUUUCGGUGUGAAAAUUCCCGCUGUUUGUGAAGAUGUCGCAUGUUAUGGACAUGAAACAUCUUUUCACUAGGUUAUUUCCUAUGAAAAAUGGGUUUAGUACUCAAAGAUGGAGCGUAAGAAAUUACAGCCAAGAAGUCGAGAAAACUGCUCCUUCAGUAAACAGAGGCGUUGUAACCCCUUUGCCACCCUUGUCGGAGCCUAUGCCGAACCUACCCCCCGUCACAUAUUCCACAGCUACAGCAGACGAUUCACGCACAGAAGUCACGGUACUCAGCAAUGGCUUGCGAAUUGCUUCAGAAAAGAAAUUUGGACAGUUUUGUACCGCGGGUGUGGUCAUUGACUCUGGACCAAGAUAUGAAGUGGCAUAUCCAAAUGGUAUCUGUCACUUUCUGGAAAAACUAAGUUUUGGUGCCACAAACAAGUAUGCCACCCGAGAUGUAAUGCUGAGAGAAUUGGAGAGACACGGGGGUAUCUGUGACUGCCAAGGCUCUCGUGACACCACUGUCUAUGCUACCAGUGCUGACUCUAGAGGCUUGAAAGCAGUUACUCAGGUUUUGGCAGAAGUGACCCUUAGACCACAGCUGUCUUCAGAUGAAAUAGAAGCAGCUAGACAGGCUGUUGCAUUUGAACUGGAGACACUCUCCAUGAGACCUGAACAGGAGACUAUAUUGAUGGAUAUGAUACAUCUGGCUGCUUAUAGGGGAAACACACUUGGACUUCCAAAAAUUUGUCCGAAUGAAAAUGUAAAUAAAAUUGACAGAGAACUCAUAUUAAAUUAUUUAAAAAAUCAUUAUACUCCUGAGAGAAUGGUCAUUGCUGCUGUUGGGGUUGAACAUGAACCAUUUGUCGAGUUUGUUCAAAAAUAUUUCGUGGACUUGAAGCCUACUUGGCAUGUGGAUUCAACAGAAUCAUUUAAACCCAAAGUCGACAAGUCUAUUGCGCAGUAUACAGGAGGAAUACAACAGGAUGAAUGUGAAAUCCCACUAUAUCCUGGAUCUGAUCUCCCAGAAUUAUCACAUGUGGUAAUUGGAUUAGAAAGUUGCUCACACGGCGACCCUGACUUCGUAGCGACGUGCGUGUUGAACAUGAUGAUGGGCGGUGGCGGCUCGUUCUCAGCUGGUGGUCCCGGCAAGGGCAUGUACACCCGGUUGUAUACAAACGUCUUAAAUAGAUAUCACUGGAUGUUCAACGCUACAGCUUACAACCACGCGUACGGAGACACGGGUUUGUUCUGCGUGCACGCCGCAUCGCCCCCCAGCCGCAUUUACGAUACGACGAUAGUUAUCGCACGGGAACUCGCUAACAUGGCCGGCAAAGUUGGCGAAAUUGAACUUAAGAGAGCGAAAACUCAGCUACAGUCAAUGUUAUUGAUGAACUUAGAAGCAAGGCCAGUUGUAUUUGAAGACGUCGGUAGACAAGUACUCGCAACCGGUAAAAGGAAGCCUCCCUCAUUCUUUAUUAAUGAGAUCGAAAAAAUAACAGCUGACGAUGUAAUUCGUGUUGCGCGACGUCUACUGAGCUCACGGCCGUCGGUCGCCGCUCGCGGGAAACUAACUCACCUUCCGACCUACGAAGAAAUCCAAGCCAACAUGUCGCUCAGCAAUAGUGACGCGUCACCCCAGGGUCGAAGACUCAACCUGUUCCGUGCUUAAAUGUUAAUAAUAAUUGUAGGAAACUUCAGAUUUACUGUAUCUUAGUCAUAAAUUGAUAAAAAUAAAGAUGUUCACUUAUUAUAAAUUUAAA